AUGAAGAUCGGUCAGUUUCCAAGAAAAGCUAUUUCUUACUCUCCUUCUUUGGAAGCAUCUGGUGUGAAUUCGAGAGAAGAGGUUGGAUUUGAGCACAAGUCAAGGGUUGUGAUUGGCGAGAAGGAAGCUCGUAGCGAAGGCCCCUAUUUUAACGCCGGUGCUCCCUCUACAUCGAGCACAUUACCAAGCAGAUCCUAUAUUGAAAAAAUAUUGAAUUCGAAAGAGCUGAAGUUAAAGAUAUUCCUUGACCUUCUGCACAAGUUACACUCCCAGCUCCAGACCUCAAAACACCAUCUCGUCAAGAUGGCGCAACCAGAAGCAGCACCACAAGCACAAGUCGAUAAACCCUUCUCUCUAGCCACUGCAAUCUUCACGCCAUUCCCUGGUCUCUCUAAAGAUGCAAUCCCCACUCAGCCGGAAGAGAAAUUGGAGAGGAUACUGGAGAAUCUAGAUAAGCAACACCAGGCAGUAAGGAGAAAUAUGAUAUAUUUGCUUGAGCGGAGGGGGGAGGCAUUGGUUAAGAAAGCCAAGGAAGAACUAGCUGAGCUUGAAAAGAGAGAGCGUGGUCAGCAUGAGCGGGAUCCCGAACGGGACAAAGAGAUGCAAAAAGAACUGCGAAGUAUGAUAGAGAGACUCAAAGUUCCGGCAAGCAAAGAUGCGAAGGAGGGGGAAUACGAGGUUAAGGUUGGGGAUGACACUUUCCAAUAUAUGGAUUCGAGACCCGUCAUCAGAGAAGAUCAGGAUGUCGAAAUGGACGGUACAGGCAUCACCGUUCUCAAGCCCCGGACAUCAAGAACCAUCCGAGAAGACCUCGCUCACGAAUUACGGGAUUUGGUGAUGCGAGGGGUCUCGGAAAUGGAAGCAUACGAUGCCCAUGCUGAAGAGACGACGAGAAAGUACAAGCAAGCACUGGAAAGGCGGAAAGAACGAAAUAGGUCAACGGCUGCGCCAAGCGGGAUUUUAAAGAAUGGAAUCCUGAAGAAUAAAUAUACGGAGAUUACGGCCGAUACCGAGGGUAUUAGGAGGACAGCGACCGGCAUGCCACUGAGCGGUUCGACGCCAGGGCAGGUGGUCAGGACGUUUGAGAAUAUUGGGGCUGUUGCGAGAAGGGGUAUUUAUUUGAGGCUCGUAUCGUUGCAGCUGUUCGAUGAGUGUGGGUCAUGCAACUGGCUCAAGUUGCUACCAUUCGUGGAUGGGUUUACAUUGUUGAAGUUCUGGUAA